AUGCGACACCUGUCGGCAAGCCAAGCAAAAGGUUUGUUCUAUCAAGACACCGAGGAGUACAUGCUCAUCAGUCGUAUACAACAGUGUGUACCGGACAGACAUGGGUGUCAGAGAUGCUCUGAGAGAAAGUUAGGUUGCCCAGGCCUGACAAAAGCGAAGCGCACCAAGUCCCGAUCACCCGUCUUGAUUGAGCCCUCGCCGUUCUCGACCGCUACGACUUCUUCUGUUGCCGGAACACCCCUCGAAGCUCCAUCAUCUGCCCCUGGCGACCUGCCGGCCCCAGAAACAGCAUUCAAUCUGCAACCGGGUUAUCAAUGGAGCAGCAUUUGGGGUCCGGUGACUCCAGAAUGGACCCAGGGCUUCCCUUCAGACAGGCAUGGAUCGCCCUGGAUGUUCAUACCCGAGGCUAUCCCAGGAACAUCAACACGCGAGCCGUCUGUUCGGGGACCAGACAGUGGAGGACCCGAUGCUUGGGAUGAGCUUCAAGGUCUUGAGAUUGGGCUGGACUUUCUGGAUGAGUUAGAAGACGAAGAUGAAGCCAUCAACGAUGGCGAGAAGACCAUCGGCGCUGAGGAGGAAGUAUUGAUCCCGGUUGUCAUUAGGCAGGCCCUGGAUGAUCUCCGGGCCCGCGCGACUGAAAGCGACAACGAGGAAACCAUCGACGAUAACGAGAAGGUCAUCAGCGCUGAUAAGAAGGCCUGGAAUCUAGUCAACAAAUUGCAAUUUUGGGAGAGUCUCCGGGCUUGCGGCGCUACGUACGAACCGAUGACGCGCUUUUUCACCAUCUACCUGCUUGGAUUACAACCAACCACAUGGGGCAAUGUGGAUUGCCCAGUGUGCAUGUGGAGUUUCACCAGCGAGUUCGAUCUUGAUUAUGCCUGGGACCAUUUUCGAAGCUGCUGGUCUACGCAUGCAAUGGGGCUCAAAGGAUCAAAUUAUCGGGAAUCCACCCAUUGUCUCCUCUCGGAACUCCCCAUCGUGGCUCGUUGUGCCCCCCUCUUGGAUCGUUGUGAGCGAAAUCUCCCCGCGUGGGAAGGGUUGAAGAAAAUUGAGCCACCUGAAAUCAUCGACAAACUGCGAACACAAUGUUCAGACAGGCGUGAGCACAGGCGUGAGCAAUUUCGGAUUGCUGCACAGGCGCAACUUCCGAGUCCUAUCGUCUUCCUUACACAGCUGAGGCCAUUUUGUGAUGGUCAACUGACCUGCAUUGGUCCAAAGUGUAAGGGGACUCGAUUUUUUGAUGCAUCUUGGGAUCACCUCAAGUCGCACUAUGAAGGCUAUCAUGCAGAUUACCUUCUGCAAGAUGAAGACAUCAGAGGCGUGGUGAAUAUCGAUAUUCACCUUGCCCGCCAGAAAAGAGACUUCAAACGGCUGUUCGCCAAAGCCCAAAUUUGCCGUGAAGAAUGGGCUUCAAUGGACGACGACAAAAGGAAGACGGAAUAUCUACAUUGCACGUAUUCCCUAGAGUGUGAGUGCUCAGCGCAUCGCCGACUGCCGACGAUGCCACAAUUCAACGUCCUCAAGGACCUGAAUGGCGCUUUCAGGUCGCGAUAUCAGCAAUUUUGCCAACAUGCAGCAAAGUCUGAUUCUAAAGAUAUGACUGCAUUCAUGGGGGAACUACGGCUGAAGUGUCCGAGACCCAGAGACCUACGCCGGCUGGGAACUCGGAUAUUCAAGCAGGUCAUACAGGGAACUUCUCCAACCACCUUAUUGGAGAUAUUCGCAUUCAUUAGUCUGUCCCAAGCCAUGGCUAAUGUUAUGAGUCGUCGUAACAUUCACAUUGACUUGAAUCCUGGAACAAUCGAUUACCUUUCCUGGAGGACUCUCAUUGAAGACGAGGCGAGCCAGCGUCUCUAUGAUGAAAUACUGAUUGCGUGGUUUCAUCCUCGCUGGAAGGACGAGCUCCAUUAUGACCGGAGCCACCAAACCCCUCUUUCGGUGCAGGAAGAGAUGAAGAGAUUUGUUCUCCAACUGAUGAAGGCCAAACAAACCAAUGGGGCGUUCAAGUUUUCGGCAUUCCUAAGGCUCAACCCCUUCUCCCAGAAACAAGCACCUCAAGAGUCGAGUUUUGCAUUGCUGGAUGGCGAUUGCGAGCCCUCCGAUUCUCCGGCCGACACUCACCCGAACAAAGAAGAGAAUGAUGAUCCAGGAGGGAGCGAUACUGAGGCGCUGAUAAAUACCGUCAUAUUCGUCCGAGUCUGGCUGUUCAUGAUAUUCAUCGCUGCACUUGGCGUCGCGCUAUUGUACUUGAGUAAUCCAGAACAACGCUGCCACAUACGCAGCGCAGCGGAUGAAGAACACGUGGUGUCUGUCUAUGAUAUCGUGCUGGUGAUUGAGACGCUCAAGAACAGGAUUCUAAACCACCUUCGCCAAGACCGUGAGACCCCAAUACCGGACGAAAUUGUCACAACCGCAGAGGAGGCGUUGGACGGAGGGUAUAUUUGGUCCGUGACGGAUUUCCACAUUCAUUUGCAAAAGGCGGUGCUGAACCAUGUCGAGGAACCUGGCCUACGCUCCCUGCUGGGCACCGAGAUAACAACGUUGUGCAGGGACGCUUUCAACUCGAUCCAGUCAAUCUUUCCAGGGUGGUCUCCUAGCAUUUUCCCGAGUCACGUUGGGGUGUAG